AUGGCUGAUGAUGACAAGGCCAAAGCGGAGAAGCUGGCUGCGGCGAAGAAGAGGGCAAAUAGCGCCCUCAAAUUGCAGGUCGAAGCACUAAAAAAGCAAAAAGCCAAAAAGGCCGGCGGCGACUCGUCAAAGAAGGCCGACAAACUCAAGGACGCCCCCACACCAUCAGGAGAAGCACAAGAGGAGGCCCCUCAAGAUGAUGCCGUCAAGGAUGAGCCGAGCGACAUUGUUGAGCAGACGGUGACAUCGCCGCCGCUCUCAGAGGCCGAGCAGUCGCGGGCACGCUCGACCUCGUUUCGCAAGCAGUCCGUCUCGUCGGGCGUGGCGGGGGCCGCACCGCCCACGCCGGGGCUUACGAGCCCGGACCUGCGAGAGACGGCUCCGGACAUCUACCGCAAGAACAUGGCGCGCAUUGAGGAGCUGGAGAAGGAGAACAAGCGACUGGCUAGGGAGUCAGCCGAGGCGGAGAAGCGGUGGCAGAAGGCCGAGGAGGAGCUGGCCGACUUGCGUGAGGCCGAAGGUGACUCGGGCAAGAAAUCUGAUGGUUCUGACAAUGUCGAGAAGCUUAAAUCCGAACUCGCCUCGCUGCAACGACAAAACGCUCAACUCCAAGCCCGUCGCCACGGAUCCCAAUCGUCCGUCUCACACAUCGCCGAACCGCAGGAACUGGCCGAGCAGCUCGCUGCCCGCACGGCGACGAUCGAGACGAUGGAGCUUGAGAUGUCCCGGCUCCGUGCCCAGGUCGAGCGCCUGGCAUCCAACACGACACAGUCGGAGCAAGUGACGGCCCUCGAGGAGCGCGCGGCGCGCGCCGAAAAGGCGGCCGGACAGGCGCAGCGCGAGCUGGCCGAUAUGAAGAAGAACCUAGAGCGGGCGUCGGAGAAAGCGGUGCGGGAGGGCAGCGAGCGGGCGAGCGCCGACACCAAAGUUCGCGCGCUCGAGAAGGAGGCGGCCGAGGCCAAGGAGAAGAGCGACAAGGAGACCGCGAGGGCGGACGCUCUGGAGAAGAAGGUGGCGACGCUGACUACGCUGCACCGGGAGCAGGACGCGCGGAGUCAGGCGCUGCGCAAGGACAAGGAGAAAGCCGAGAAGGAGGUCCAGACGCUCUCGGCCAAGGUGGAGACGCUUGAGGCGGAGAAUCUGAAACUGCGCAAGAGGGACGCUCAGGACAGCGGCGGCACGGAUAAUGACGGCGUGGACGAACUGGAAGACGAAGGCAGGGCGAAGCUGGAGGCGCGCGUGCGCGAGCUCGAGGCCGAAAACCACGAGCUCAGACGCGGCAUAUGGCACGAGAAGCGUAAGGAGAUGCAGGUUGGGCCUGACGGCCAGUUCUCCGAGGUCGAGCUCACGACGCCUCACGUCGGGGCCGGCUCGCCGUCGCAGCAGCGCAAGGCAUCUGGGUUUGGGGACUUCUUCUCGAGCAUCACAGGCUCAGGGAGCCACCACCACCACCAACAUCACCACGAUGACGAACCGCUCCUCGAGGACGAUGACGACUUUGAGUUUGACGAGGCUGCCUUUCGCCGCGCCCAGGAGGAGGACGCCAAAAGGCGGAUCGAGCGCAUUAAGGAGGUCAAGAGGGGGCUCAAGAACUGGGAGGGCUGGAGGCUGGACCUGGUCGAGAGUCGGGGCGUCGGCGGUGAAGGGGCGGGUGAGAUAUUCGAGGUUUAG